AUGUUCCCCACCAUUGGUGUGAGCUGCGCCUUCCUGGUGGCGUGGAAGGACAGCCAUGUCGCAUCGGGACGCUUCCCACCGUCGGCCACAACGUCCGACGUGUGUGCUGCAGUUGUCCAACCUGACACAGCGAACACGAAUUGCUCAUAUGCCCAACUGUUGGCGCCGACUGCUGCGCCUGGAAGCAUCGGUCGCGCCACGCACUUUGUGUCGCAUGCGUGGAAGUACAGCUUUUGCGAUCUGGUGGCAGCGAUUGAGAUUUACUUUUUGUCGCUGCCGCCGCCAGAGUCCAAGGACGGCGUGUUCUUUUGGAUCGAUUUGUUUGUCGUGGACCAGCACAACGCCCCUGCCCGUCCGCACAGCUGGUGGUCGACCACAUUUGUCGACGCGAUUCGGACGAUUGGCAAAGUCGUGCUGGUGUUCCAGCCCUUCCUGGAUCCGAUCCCUCUCAAGCGGGCGUGGUGCCUGUGGGAAGUUUUUGCCGCGCUUCAAACGAGGGCCGCUAUCGACGUGGCCAUGCCGACGGAACAAUGGACCGACUAUCGUGUGAGCCUACGUGAAAACUACCGCAACGUCAUCGACACCCUCCAAGCGCUCGAUGCCCGCCAUGCCGAAGCAUUUAAUCCAAACGACAAGGACGAGAUCUUCCGCGCGAUUGAGCAAGGGGUUGGAUUCGACGGGCUCAACACCCGCGUGCGUCAACUCGUUGCUGGGAUUCUCUUGGUGGGCGUGACGCGCCACUCUUGCCAGGACGCCAACCUCCAACGCCUGACAGACAUGCUCGACUUAGGCCCCGACAUCAACACCGUCUCGACCUUCCUGACGCCGCUCGGGGUCGCUAGUGACAUGAACUCGCCCCUCGUCGUCGACUUUCUCCUCGCGCGCGGGGCGGACGUGAAUGCGAUCAUGGCAUGGGGGCACACAGCCCUUCACGUAGCGUGUCGAGCUGGCCAUGCCGACAUCGUCCGGCUAUUACUUUUGGCUGGAGCCAAUCCUUCGCUGCGCAACACGGCAGGUCGAACGCCGCACGAAGAAGCGACCUACAUGGCGUCGAACCCAAUUCCCGCCGUUGGGACACCCACGACAACUCGUACCGAAGCGCAUCCUGUCUCGCCAAUGGCGGAGGUGCCCGCUGCGCUCGUGCAAGCCAUGGAAGCAGCCCACAAUGCGAUGAAUUCGCUGACAAAAUGCAGCAUCAGCGAACUCAAGUCGAUACACAAACCACCCGAACGGUGUGCUUGGGUAAUGAAGUGCUUGGUGCUCAUUCUGGGCUUCCCUGGACCGUCGGAUCCUGCCAACUUGACCGAGUGGUGGGAAAUCGGAAAGCGUAAGUUGCUCUCAAAUCCCAACGUCCUGGACACUCUCGUCGACGGGUGCGACUUCCCGUCCAUCUUGACCUCGACGACCGCGCCCAACAAUGACGUCCUCGCGCUGCUCGCCGACCCAGCCCUCGACCUCCAAAGUGUUGGCAACACCAGCCAAGCCAUGUGGGCUUUCUACCUCUGGGCUCGGUGCUACCUCGUCGCCCAUCAAGUCAAAGCGCAGCGAACGGACUUGGAACACGUCGCCCAUAGCGUCCAAGAUGACUUGAAACGAGCCAAGGACAUUCAAGCCGCCCACAUCAACAACUGUUUGCAAUGUGCGGCAAUCGUGCACGAGCAUCUCCAGCACGUUGAAGCCGUCCCACCUGACGGUGUGGUGACCACCGCAUCUCUACUAGACGCGAGCCCCGAGACAGCAGCAGCUUUGUUGAAUGCAGCCGUGUGA